GCUGCUUCCUGUAGAGAAAUCUGCAGCUGUUCCGGGAGAAGUCUUUCAGAUCAAGAACACGCUUUAGUUACUGGAUGGAAGUGAAGCUCAGGCCCCCUCAUCCGGCUUUAGACCCUCUGUCUCCUUUACAAGUGCUCGGGAAAGUGUUUUUAAGAAAAAGCUUAUCCACUGAGAGCGACUGACAUCAAGCUCAGGGAACGCCAGAAGAUGAGUUCUGAAAAGGAGACUGGAUAUUCACAAAUCGCCAGCAAACCAGCUGUCAAUGAAGCACAGGCCAUUAAGUUGGUAGAGACACUUUUUGGCUUACAAGUAUCCAGGGUAAAGCCACUGCCAAGCUACGAUGAUCAGAAUUUCUACUUCCAGACUUGGGAUGAUGGGGCUACUACACAAGGAGAGUAUGUUCUGAAGAUCAUGAACAGUGAAGACAGCAAGAACGCUGAGCUAGUGGAAGUGCAGACAUGUGCUAUGAAGUUCCUGCAUGAUGAAGGUCUACCUACACCAAAUGCUCAGCUGACAAAAACUGGUGAAAUCAUGUCUCUAGAGCCAAUUGACUAUGGAGGUGUCAUACAAAAGCAUACGGUGAGACUUCUGACCUACCUUCCUGGGACACCAGUAGCAGAAAUUAAGACAACUCCUGAAAUCUUAUUUGACAUAGGAAAAACAGCAGCUAUUCUUGAUGAAACCUUAACAAAGAAAUUCCAGCAUCCGUAUAAGAAAAGUUUUGAACGUGGGGAUUUUAUCUGGAACUUGUCAAACACCCCACUGCUAAGAAAAUAUAUUUAUGCUAUUAAAGAUGAAAAUUUACGUCAGAUUAUAGAAGGAGUCAUCACUGACUUUGAGAGUUCUGUGAAGCAAAAUCUAAAAAGGUUUCGACAAUGUGUAAAUCAUGGAGAUUUGAAUGACCACAAUUUACUAGUGGAAAAGAUCAACAUAUCCAAUGGAAAUGGCAGGAACCAGUACAGAGUCUCAGGAAUUCUGGAUUUUGGUGACAUGAGUUAUGGGUGUUACAUUUUUGAAGUCGCAAUUACAAUAAUGUACAUGAUGAUAGAAAGUAGUGACCCUCUUCCUGUAGGUGGAUACGUUAUAGCGGGUUAUGAGAGUGUGGUUCCCCUGACAAAAGAAGAAAAGGAGGCUCUGUUCACCCUAGUGUGCUGUAGGUUUGCCCAGUCUCUAGUAAUGGCAAGAUACAGUGCCCUACUUUGCCCAGAAAAUGAAGAAUAUCUUAUGAUCACUGCAAAAACUGGAUGGAAACAUCUGAAGACUCUGCACAAUAAGGGAAAAGAGGUCAUUGAGAAGAUCUGGGAGGACACUUCAAGAUCAUACCUUGAAAGAAAUCAUGAGCACUAACAUGAUAACAAAAUCUGUAAGGCUGAAGAAACACAUCCAUCCAUCACACCAGCCUAUUAUCCUGAAAAGUUGAUCCAGAGGAAGGCAAAAAAAAAAGAUAAAAGCCAAUUUUCCUAAUUUUAGGGGGGAAAAAAUAUUCAGGCAAUUAGAAUAACUAUUUGGAUCAAUGACCAUUCUCCAAAAUUCUAGUAACUGUAAUAUUAGUAUUCUUAAGAAACACAUCCAUCCAUCAC